GUCACGUGGUGAGCGGGUCAUGUGACCGUGUGGAUCACGUGUGGUCCGGGCGCGCGAUGGAGGCGGUGCUGGAGCAGCAGCUGCAGGAGACGAUGAAGAACCCUGCCAUUAUCGGAGUCCUCUGUGCUGAUGAACAGGGCCUAAACCUGGGUUGUCGUGGCUCGCUGGUUGAUGAACAUGCGGGUGUAGUCUCUGUUCUUGCGCAGCAAGCAGCAAAGCUCACCGCCGACCCGACUGAUGUGCCUGUCAUUUGCCUGGAGUCGGAUAAUGGGAACAUCAUGAUACGGAAACAUGGAAGCAUCACCAUUGCUGUGCAGAAGAUGUCAGUGUGAAGAGGUGGCUGUUGAUUGUUUGAAGCAUGGAACUUUGUCGCAUGGUCUCUGCUGUGGGGUGUACAGGCAGGUCUUUAUCACUGCUCCUGACCUCGAUUGUGUACCAGCCCAUUGGUUCUCUGGAGUGGGGGGGGGGGGGGGGGGGGGUGAUGUGUGAAAGGAAAACUGUUUCUGAUCUUUGAGUUGGGAAUUAAAUUGAAACUCAGUGUAAGUGUGCAGUUUUCAUUAUUCCUAGUAAAGGGGGUUGCUUUGUUUAGUGUUAGAUUUGGAGGGUUGAGUUCUGCACAGCAAAGGAAGGACCCUUCAGCCCCACUUUUCCCUGCUGUCUGAGAUGCCUUUCUGCACUAUGCCCAUUCCUCUAUUAAUUUCUUAUUCAAGUGCAGGUACUUCCUGGGUAGUAAACAUAGAGCAGGUAAAGCCAGGAACAGGCCUUUCAGCCCACAAUGUCUGUGUUGAACAUGAUGUCAAGUUAAAGUAAUCCCCUCUCCUUCAUGUGAUCCAUAUGCAGGCAGAGGACAUUAGUUUAAAUUGGCUUGGCAUUCAUGUUCGGCACAGACAUUGAGGCUGAAGGGCCUGUUCCUGUGCUGUAGUGUUCUAUGUAAUCCAAAAUGAUUAGAUUUACUUUUGAAAUGUUCUUACGAUACUGUUUAAAAAUAUACAACUCUUGAGGCCCUGAA